AUGGAUACAAGCUUAGCAUCGAUACUACCGGGUCUCACAAGUUCUCUGGAAUCGGCCAUCCCGGCACUGCCCACCAGCGACUCGAUCCUCCCUCCACCAAACGGCAUCACUCUCUUGGACGCAAAGAACGAGCUCUUCCUCUCAUAUCUACAAACACUCGCUCUGCGCAACUUGGCAGUCAUCCGCAGCGCCAAAGAUGGAAAGACCGCUCCCGCAGACUUCGACGACAAACUCGUUAGAGACCUGGUCAAGCACCGCGUGUAUCUGGAAAAGGGCGUGCGACCCUUGGAAGACAGACUCAAGUACCAAAUCGACAAGGUCGUCCGCGCCGCCGAGGACCAAGCCCGCGGUGCCGUCCAAAAAGCCGCCGUCGCCAAACAAUCCGCCGCCGCCGCUGCAACCUCAGCAGCCUCCGACUCUGGCGAAAACUCCAACGACGACGACGACGACGACGACGACGACGACGACGACGACGACGAAGACGACGAAGACGCCUCGGACUCGGAAGCAGACUCAGACGACGGCCUCGCCUUCCGUCCCAACCCCAGCGCCUUGACUCGCCCCUCGGACGCAACCGAAGCGCCUUCCUCCAAGCACGAAGCCUCCACCGACGGCAUCUACAGACCCCCCCGCAUAAACGCCACAACCAUGCCCGCACCGCCCUCUCCCCGCCGCGAAAAGGGAGAAAGAAAACCCAUGCGCAGCAACACCAUCGACGAAUACGUCGCCGACGAGCUCAGCGGUGCUCCCACGGCUCAACCCUCCAUCGGAAGCACCAUCACCGCUGGCGGCCGCCGUGACAAAUCUGCUCGUGAGCGUAGAGAAGAAGCCGAACGCACCGCCUACGAAGAAAGCAAUCUGGUGCGUUUGCCAAAGGAAGGCAAAAAGGAACGUGCGAAGAAGGGAGGCAACAAACGUGGUGGUUUCGGCGGUGAAGAGUGGGAUCUGCUGGGUCAGGGUAUCGGCAGGAUCGAUAGGUUGACCAAGAAGGGCGAGAGGACCGGUGCUGGUGGUGUGGGUGGUGCGCUGGAGAGGAGUAGAAAGAGAAAGAAUGAUGAUGAUGGUGGUAGAGGUGGUGCUGGCGGUGAUAUCGGUAGAGAGUUUGAGCGCAGGAAGAAGAGAGCUAUGCGUAGAAACUAG